GUCUCUCCGGCAGGAGGCGGCGGCGGCGCUGCGCCCGAGCCCGCAUUCCAGAGAAGAGACCGGAGCCCGCGGGGCUACGUCACCCCCGACUCCGCCCCCGUCCCUCCCCAAGCAAAGUAACUCUUGACUAACAGGAGCAGCCUCCUCCGAGCAUGGAGACCUGCCGCCGCGGCCGGCCGCCGACGCGGGCGACGCUUGCGCCCCAGAGGUAGUUUGGCGCCCACCAAGAGGGAAAAAAGUAUCGGCGGGUGGCCGUCGACCACCCCACGUUCAGCCCGCCAGCUCCGGCCGCACCCCCGUCGUGGAUUUCGCCGCGAUCCCCUUGCCAGCUCUUUGCAAAGCUGCUUGAAACUUCUCCCAAACUCGACAUGGAUACGGCGGCGGCGCUGCCUGCUUUUGUGGCGCUCCUGCUGGUCUCCCCGUGGCCUCUCCUGGGGUCUGCCCAAGGCCAGUUCUCCGCAGGUGGCUGUACUUUUGACGAUGGUCCAGGGGCCUGUGAUUACCACCAGGAUCUGUAUGAUGACUUUGAAUGGGUGCAUGUCAGUGCUCAAGAACCUCAUUAUCUGCCUCCUGAGAUGCCUCAAGGUUCCUAUAUGUUAGUGGAUUCUUCAGAUCAUGACCCUGGGGAAAAAGCCAGACUUCAGCUGCCUACAAUGAAGGAGAAUGACACUCAUUGCAUUGAUUUCAGCUACCUGUUAUAUAGCCAGAAAGGGCUGAAUCCUGGAACUUUGAACAUAUUAGUCAGGGUGAAUAAAGGACCUCUUGCCAACCCAAUUUGGAAUGUGACUGGCUUCACGGGCAGAGAUUGGCUUCGGGCUGAGCUUGCAGUGAGCACCUUUUGGCCAAAUGAAUAUCAGGUAAUAUUUGAAGCUGAAGUCUCAGGAGGGAGAAGUGGCUAUAUUGCUAUUGAUGACAUCCAAGUUCUAAGCUAUCCUUGUGAUAAAUCUCCCCAUUUCCUUCGUCUGGGGGAUGUGGAGGUCAACGCAGGACAGAAUGCUACGUUUCAGUGUAUCGCUACUGGGAGAGACGCUGUGCAUAACAAGUUAUGGCUCCAGAGGCGGAAUGGAGAAGAUAUUCCAGUAGCCCAGACUAAGAACAUCAAUCACAGAAGAUUUGCUGCCUCCUUUAGAUUGCAAGAAGUGACAAAGACUGACCAGGAUUUGUACCGUUGUGUAACACAGUCAGAACGAGGUUCUGGUGUAUCCAAUUUUGCUCAACUUAUUGUGAGAGAACCACCACGACCCAUUGCCCCUCCCCAGCUGCUUGGUGUUGGGCCUACAUAUUUGCUGAUUCAACUCAAUGCUAACUCCAUUAUUGGCGAUGGUCCCAUUAUCUUGAAAGAAGUGGAGUAUCGGAUGACAUCAGGAUCCUGGACAGAAACUCAUGCAGUCAAUGCUCCAACUUAUAAAUUAUGGCAUUUGGACCCAGAUACUGAAUAUGAGAUCCGUGUUCUCCUUACAAGACCUGGGGAAGGUGGGACCGGGCUUCCAGGACCUCCACUGAUUACCAGAACAAAAUGUGCAGAACCAAUGAGAACCCCAAAGACUUUAAAGAUAGCUGAGAUACAGGCAAGACGUAUUGCUGUGGACUGGGAAUCCUUGGGAUACAACAUUACUCGUUGCCACACAUUUAAUGUCACUAUCUGCUACCAUUAUUUUCGUGGUCACAAUGAAAGCAAGGCAGACUGUUUGGACAUGGACCCCAAAGCCCCUCAGCAUGUCGUGAGCCAUCUGCCACCUUAUACAAACGUCAGCCUCAAGAUGAUCCUAACCAAUCCUGAAGGGAGGAAGGAGAGUGAAGAGACAAUCAUUCAGACGGAUGAAGAUGUGCCAGGACCUGUACCAGCCAAGUCUCUUAAAGGAACAUCCUUUGAAAAUAAGAUUUUCUUGAACUGGAAAGAACCUUUGGAUCCAAAUGGAAUCAUCACUCAAUACGAGGUCAGCUAUAGCAGCAUAAGAUCAUUCGAUCCUGCGGUUCCCGUGGCCGGACCACCCCAGACAGUAUCAAAUUUAUGGAACAGUACACACCAUGUCUUUAUGCAUCUUCACCCAGGGACUACUUACCAGUUUUUCAUAAGAGCCAGCACAGUUAAAGGUUUUGGACCAGCCACAGCCAUUAAUGUGACAACCAAUAUUUCAGCUCCGACUUUACCUGACUACGAAGGAGUUGAUGCCUCUCUCAAUGAAACUGCCACCACAAUAACUGUAUUAUUGAGACCAGCACAGGCCAAAGGUGCACCUAUCAGUGCCUAUCAGAUUGUUGUGGAAGAGUUACACCCACACCGAACCAAGAGAGAAGCUGGAGCAAUGGAAUGCUACCAGGUUCCUGUUACAUACCAGAAUGCUAUGAGUGGGGGUGCACCAUACUACUUUGCUGCAGAAUUGCCUCCAGGGAAUUUACCUGAACCUGCCCCCUUCACAGUGGGGGACAAUAGGACCUACCAGGGAUUUUGGAAUCCACCCUUAGCUCCACGCAAAGGAUACAACAUCUAUUUCCAGGCAAUGAGCAGUGUAGAGAAGGAAACCAAAACUCAGUGUGUACGAAUUGCUACAAAAGCAGCAGCAACUGAAGAGCCAGAAGUGAUCCCAGAUCCAGCCAAGCAGACUGACCGAGUGGUGAAAAUAGCAGGGAUUAGUGCUGGAAUCCUAGUGUUCAUCCUUCUCCUCCUUGUUGUCAUAUUAGUUGUAAAAAAGAGCAAGCUUGCUAAAAAGCGCAAAGAUGCUAUGGGGAAUACCCGGCAAGAGAUGACUCACAUGGUGAAUGCAAUGGAUCGCAGUUACGCUGACCAAAGCACUCUUCAUGCAGAAGAUCCCCUUUCCAUCACCUUCAUGGACCAACACAAUUUCAGCCCAAGAUAUGAGAACCACAGUGCUACAGCAGAGUCCAGUCGACUUCUCGAUGUGCCUCGCUACCUCUGUGAGGGGACAGAAUCCCCUUACCAGACAGGACAGCUGCACCCCGCCAUCAGAGUAGCUGACUUGCUGCAGCACAUUAAUCUCAUGAAGACAUCAGACAGCUAUGGGUUCAAAGAAGAAUAUGAGAGCUUCUUUGAAGGACAGUCAGCAUCUUGGGAUGUAGCUAAAAAAGACCAAAAUAGAGCAAAAAACCGAUAUGGAAACAUUAUUGCCUAUGACCACUCGAGAGUAAUUUUGCAACCUGUUGAAGAUGAUCCUUCUUCAGAUUAUAUUAAUGCCAACUACAUAGAUAUUUGGCUGUACAGGGAUGGGUAUCAGAGACCAAGCCACUACAUUGCAACCCAAGGUCCAGUUCAUGAAACAGUAUAUGAUUUUUGGAGAAUGAUUUGGCAAGAACAGUCUGCCUGCAUUGUGAUGGUUACAAAUUUAGUUGAAGUUGGCCGGGUGAAAUGCUAUAAAUAUUGGCCUGAUGAUACUGAAGUUUAUGGUGAUUUCAAAGUAACUUGUGUAGAAAUGGAGCCUCUUGCUGAAUAUGUAGUUAGGACAUUCACCCUUGAAAGAAGGGCAUAUAAUGAGAUCCGUGAGGUUAAACAAUUCCAUUUCACUGGCUGGCCUGACCACGGAGUUCCCUACCAUGCCACAGGGCUUCUUUCCUUCAUACGGAGGGUCAAGUUGUCCAAUCCUCCCAGUGCCGGUCCCAUCGUUGUGCAUUGCAGUGCCGGAGCUGGAAGGACUGGCUGCUAUAUUGUGAUUGACAUCAUGCUGGACAUGGCUGAGAGGGAAGGUGUUGUUGACAUCUACAAUUGUGUCAAAGCCUUAAGAUCUCGCCGGAUCAAUAUGGUCCAGACAGAGGAACAGUACAUUUUUAUUCAUGAUGCCAUUUUAGAAGCCUGCUUAUGUGGAGAAACUGCCAUACCUGUCUGUGAAUUUAAAGCUGCAUAUUUUGAUAUGAUUAGAAUAGACUCCCAGACCAACUCUUCCCAUCUCAAAGACGAAUUUCAGACCCUGAAUUCAGUCACCCCUCGACUUCAAGCUGAAGACUGCAGUAUAGCAUGCCUGCCAAGGAAUCAUGACAAGAAUCGUUUCAUGGACAUGCUGCCACCUGACAGAUGUCUGCCUUUUUUAAUUACAAUUGAUGGAGAGAGCAGUAACUACAUCAAUGCUGCUCUUAUGGACAGCUACAGGCAACCAGCUGCUUUCAUUGUCACACAAUACCCUCUGCCAAACACUGUGAAAGACUUCUGGAGAUUAGUGUAUGAUUAUGGCUGUACUUCCAUUGUGAUGUUAAAUGAAGUUGACUUGUCCCAGGGCUGCCCUCAAUAUUGGCCUGAAGAAGGGAUGCUGCGAUAUGGUCCUAUCCAAGUGGAAUGUAUGUCUUGUUCAAUGGAUUGUGAUGUGAUAAACCGGAUUUUCAGAAUAUGCAAUCUAACAAGACCACAGGAAGGUUAUCUGAUGGUACAGCAGUUUCAAUAUCUCGGGUGGGCUUCUCACCGAGAAGUACCUGGCUCUAAACGAUCCUUCUUGAAGCUGAUACUCCAGGUGGAAAAAUGGCAGGAGGAAUGUGAGGACGGGGAAGGACGGACGAUCAUUCACUGCCUAAACGGUGGUGGGCGAAGUGGCAUGUUCUGUGCUAUAGGUAUUGUUGUAGAAAUGGUGAAACGUCAAAAUGUUGUUGAUGUUUUCCACGCAGUAAAGACACUAAGGAAUAGCAAACCCAACAUGGUGGAAGCCCCGGAGCAGUACCGUUUUUGCUAUGAUGUAGCUUUGGAGUACCUGGAAUCAUCGUAGUUGGGUGAGACUUGUAAAAGUUCAUCCCAGCAGAAACCUGUUCAUCUGUUUUACCAGCAGUUGUACCUGUUACACCUGUGUAGAAAGAUUUUGAUGUGGGGGGUGGGGAACUUUUACAUUCAAGAAGUGAAAGUAUUUUUCUUAUGAAGUUGUGUAUCUUAAUAAAAAGGACUGAAUUAGUUUCUAUGACUGUAUUACAGCACCAACAUUUUGUGCCACAUAAGUUAUAUUUCAUUCAAACCAGAUUCAGAGAACCUGGUCAGAUGAGAAAUUAUCAGUGUUUGUACAAUGAAUACACAGCCUUUUCUCUCCUGAUUUCAGUAAAGCAACCACCACAUGUUGCAUGAGUUAAUUUUUCCUAUGCAACAUUUUUCUUCCACCCCCCCCCCUUUUUUUUUAGAUAAAUGAUGUUACAUCUUUAAGGAAGAAGAAAAGACAAGCUGUGCAAAUUCAUAGUAAAUUUCUUUUUUUUAUAUAUGUCUCAAGUAUAGCAGAUCUCUCUAUAAAUAUAUAAAUAUAAAUAACUGGCUUAUUUUCUUUUAACGUGUAAUGAUGGCUGGAUCAUUUAAAGUUCUUUUUAGAAAAUAACAUAAGCCAAAGACUCAAGUGUAAAUAUGUCUAUAUGGAGAAAGCACAUUAUAUUUAUUGGUUACUCGCAUUCCUUUUUGAUGGUUUAAAAAAACUACCACCACACAGUCAAAUUCUUCCCCUCACAAAGCUUUUUCUUUAGCUGAAAUUGAUUGUAAAUGAUUUUUGUAGGUUAUUUUUUGUAUGUUUUGGUGGAAGUAGAGGGCAAACUUUUUAUUCACAAACCAGGAAGUUCUUUAUAGUGAUUUUCUUGUGUACCUGCUUGUGAAUUACACUUAGGUAAUCACCUUGGCAAUUGGGUCUUUUAAUAGAGGACCAAAUUAAAAAGUUGCUGAAAAUGUCUAGUUUUUUCAGAGUUUCAUGCGGUAAAUAAUGGUUUGGUGAUCACAUAUGAGAAAUGUAUAUUUUCAAAGGACUUGCUGAUAACUGAAUUGCACAACAGUGAACAUAGCCUUUAGGUAUUGUUUCAAUUUUAAAGGAAUCAAUAUUCUAAGCCUGUGGGCAAAGCACUGGUCAAGAAAACAAGAUGGCAGGGUUUAUGCUUUCAGGGUCAAGUUUUAGCAAACUGUAAACUGUCAAGGUGAUAAGAAUGUUUUGUUUGAUGUUUACAUGCACAAGCUUUGGGUUCUGCUCGUCAUAAGCGUGAACAAAUCAAUGUCAGAUACCUGUUUUGUGCAUUGUCACGGGAUCCCCAAGUGAACUUUUCUACAUGUGGUCUUGUUCACAUGCCCUGUGUAGCUGUAACUUCACAUCAUCCUCAUCAUCAGCUUGCAGUUUGUUAUUGACUAAAGCAUUCCAGUAUCCUCUUUCUAGAUUGCCAGUACAUGACAUGGUGCUUAUAAAGAUUUCAAGUAGGAGUGAAAUAAAGUUUUUAUAAUUACAAC